GUUUCAGGAAAGGGCGGGGCUUUUGCUUUCAGCUGCAUUGUGGGAGCGGGAAAACGCCGCAAAUACUCACGUUGGUCAACUGUGAGGUUUUCUGAGAAGCCGUUGAUACAAGAUUAAAACAUGUCUAUUGGUGUUCCCAUCAAAGUCCUGCAUGAAGCAGAGGGUCACAUCGUGACCUGCGAGACAAACACUGGUGAGGUGUACAGAGGCAAAUUGAUUGAAGCAGAGGAUAACAUGAACUGCCAGAUGUCCAACAUUACAGUGACAUAUCGAGAUGGCAGAGUGUCCCAGCUGGAGCAGGUAUACAUUCGUGGCAGCAAAAUACGCUUCCUCAUUCUGCCCGACAUGUUGAAAAACGCCCCCAUGUUGAAGAGCAUGAAAAACAAAAAUCAAGGUGCAGGAGCUGGAAGAGGCAAAGCUGCUAUUCUCAAAGCUCAAGUCGCAGCAAGGGGCCGAGGUCGAGGAGGGCCAGGAGGAAGGGGAAAUAUUUUCCAGAAAAGACGAUAAUGUGAAUCCUGUUUCAAUCACGGUGUCAUUUUGUACAGGUUUUUUUUGUUAAUGAGAAAUUGUGUGCUUUUUUCUGGUUUGGUAAAUUUGGUGAUCUUGAAGUUUUGUUGACUUUGUAACAGUUAUUUUCACUUUUUUCUCAUAUAAUAAAGUUGUCUAAUUAUAGAAGAAAUCUGUUUUAUCAAUGCUGCUAAACCAUUCCUUAAUUGUAUCGCACUGCAUUUAUUAACAGAUAAAAAUCUAAACCUCACAACACUUAAA